CACUGAGCCGGGCGGUUCAAUCACUCCGCUGACGCGCCAGCAAAGUGAAUGUCGAUGGAGAGGUUAAGACCGAGCAGAGAUCUUGUCGUGCGGGACUGUUUUAUGCCGAACUGUUAAUGGGAAUGCAUCAGCUGUCUGCUGAAACUGUCUCUGCAUUGUCUUGGCCCUUGGCUGCAGGGCAAGAGCAGCUACCAUGACGUAUCCCAACACCAGCAUACUGACAGCCAAUUUCAGUGGAGCCUUGGACGGCCAUGACUCCGGGGGAAACAUCUACCGGCCUUUUUCUGUUUUCAGCGUGCUCACUCUUACAUUACUGGCAAUGCUGGUGGUGGCCACCUUUGUGUGGAACUUGCUGGUGCUCGUAACCAUCCUGAGGGUGAGGACAUUCCACCGGGUGCCCCACAACCUCGUGGCUUCCAUGGCCAUCUCCGACGUCAUGGUGGCCGCCCUGGUCAUGCCACUGAGCCUCGUCCACGAGCUGAACGGCAGGCUGUGGAAACUGGGCCGCGUUCUGUGUCAGGUGUGGAUCUCCUUCGACGUGCUCUGCUGCACGGCCAGCAUCUGGAACGUGACGGCCAUCGCGCUGGACCGCUACUGGUCCAUCACCAGGCACCUAGAGUACACACUCAAGACGCGCAAGAAGAUCUCCAAUGUGAUGAUCGCACUCACGUGGCUGCUGUCCUCCAUCAUUUCCCUGUCACCUCUAUUUGGCUGGGGGGAGACCUACACAGAGGGGAUGAAGUGCCAAGUGAGCCAGGAGCCGUCCUACACUAUCUUUUCCACCUUCGGAGCAUUUUACCUGCCGCUUUGUGUGGUGCUGUUUGUUUAUUGGAAGAUCUACAAGGCUGCCAAGUUUCGGAUUGGCUCCCGCAAGACCAACACAAUAACACCCAUGGCUGAGGUAAAGGACGAAACACAUCAGCCGCAGAUGGUGUUUACCGUGCGCCACGCCACCGUGACCUUCCAGACAGACGGCGACACAUGGCGCGAGCAGAAGGAGAAAAAGGCGGCACUUAUGGUAGGCAUUUUGAUCGGCGUGUUUGUACUUUGCUGGAUCCCCUUCUUCAUCACCGAGCUCAUCGUCCCACUGUGCUCCUGUGACAUCCCGCCCAUCUGGAAGAGCAUCUUCCUGUGGCUGGGCUACUCUAACUCCUUCUUCAACCCGCUCAUAUACACCGCCUUUAAUAAGAACUACAACAAUGCCCUGAGGAACCUCUUCUCCCGUCAGCGCUGAGCCACUCGGCACGCUCGACAGACAACCUACACCAGCAUGCACUCCACAGUGUUACCCCGCCAGACAGAGAAGGACUGACCUGUCUGUAUCUGUCACUCAGUCAUCCUUCAGAUGGAUGAUAAC